AUGAGGAUCGGUGAACCUAGCGGCAUUGAAAUUCACCGUCUUCGCCAAGGCUGCCUGUCAACAAUCUUGGAAGAGACGCCAUCCCGCAAGACGCCUUCCUCGAUUUCACUCGCCGCACUUCCAGAUAGGGCCAAGGAUGACGUGUCCUACGCGUUCAGUAACUUGGCCACCGAGGACGUCCUCCCAGAUAAUCGGGACCUCAAGCAGUGGUACACGGUCGAAGAACGCACUUGCGGCAGCCACGCAGGAUAUCCCAGGAGGCUGUUCCCGAGGGCCGAGUGGUACCCGCUCGUUGGUAUGGGCGUCAAGGACACCGUGGCUCAGUGCAACACCAUGCAAGUACCAUGGACCGCGCAAGGAGCCUGGCACCAGACGGUGGAAGCCUCGAGGUUCACCGUGCGCCUACUGAUGCAGAGUGCGCGAGACCCGAGUACGCGUGGAUCGGAAGCGGCCGCGACCACGAGUGGCCGGUUCGUCGAGUGCGACCACGUGCCUUCUGCCGAGUGCAGCCUCGACGUCUCGGGCUGCAGGCGACGCAUCCACCCGCGUGACACGCUGCCGUGCGCGUUGACGGUGCUGAAUGCCAUCAAGGCUGACAGCAACGGCGACACGUACGGCGUGGCUGUACCAAGCAGCCGCAUUUGGAGGCUACGCGCGAGGUAAGCCAAACACCAGUCCAACUAAAACGCUGCAGUCAAUGUGCGGCCUCUUUUAUUGCUAUUCCAUUUACGCCAUCU